AUGCGUGUUCAGAACUGCUUGGUCGCAGCACUCGCUGCUACACUAACAACAGCACAGGAGACUGUACUUGGCGUCUAUAUCUUCUCGAGACAUGGUGACCGCACGGCCAAGUCGACACCUCCAGCUAAUUUGACCGACCUUGGCUACGAGGAAGUAUUCACAUCAGGAACAUAUUACAGAAAUCGAUAUGUUGCGUCUGACAGCUCGCGACGUAUCUAUGGCCUCAACUCGGAUCUAGUAAAGCAGUCGCAGAUCAUCGCCUCUGCACCCGUCGACACUGUGCUCCAGGUCUCUGCUCAAGCCUUCUUGCAGGGUAUCUACCCACCAGUCGGAUCCCAAGUGGGCUCUACCACCCUACGAAACGGCACCGUUGUACAAACACCUCUCAAUGGCUACCAAUUGAUCCCGCUUCAAACCGUCGAAACUGGCGCAAACAGUGAGAACUCGGCCUGGCUGCAAGGAAGCACAAACUGCGCAAAUGCGCAACUGAGCUCGAAUGCAUAUUACACCUCAGCACAAUAUCUCGAGACCUUGAGUCGCACGCAAGACCUGUACAAUUCAAUCUACCCUAUGAUCAACAAAACCUUCUCCCAAUCGCAAAGCAGCUUCAGAAACGGCUACACAAUCUGGGAUCUUCUAAACGUCGCAAGCAUCCACAACGCUACCGCAGAAAUCCCCGACGAUACCACAAUGACCGAACUCAAAUACCUCGCCGACCAGCACGAAUUCGGUCUCGCAUACAAUUCCUCAGAACCAAUCCGCGCCAUCACCGGCUCAAUCAUCGCCGCUGAAGUAGUCGAAGCUCUCAACGCAACCAUCACCAGCAAAGGCAAGUCAAAGCUCAACAUCCAGUUCGGUGCCUACGCAGGCAUGCUCUCGUUCUUCGGCCUCGCGAACCUGACAGAAGUCAACCCUGGUUUCUUCGGCGUGCCAGACUAUGCCAGCUCACUGGUCUGGGAACUCGUUACGAACACUAGUGUGACUUCGACCUCUUUCCCCUCCGCUGACCAGAUCUCCGUGCGCUUCCUCUUCCACAACGGCACUACAUCAGAUAUCUCGGAGCCGGUGGAGUAUCCUCUGUUUAAUUCUGGUCGGUCGCCGUUACCAUGGAAUGAUUUCGUGACAGCUACCGGCGUCUGCUCCCCAUCCUAUCUCAACAAUGAGGACGGAUCUUCUUCUUCUUCGUCCUCAUCUGGCAACAAUAACUCAUCUGGCAAUUCGAGCUCAGGUGGCCUCUCAAAGGUCGUCUGCGGCGUUAUUGGGGCAUUGGUUACCUUGGCUGUUAUUCUGCUUGUUCAGGGUGCGAUCGUUCUCCUUGGUGGCUUUAGACUGGUUAGCAAGAAGAGGUUGGGAAGUCAUGCUGGGAGUGUUGGGUCUGGUGAGGAGACUUUUGCUGCGAAGGCGUGA